GAGACAGAGACAAGGAAAAGAGGGAGUGAAGCAGAGGUUCUUUCAGAUCUCAGCAGACAUUAAGCAAUGCAAAGAAGGCUUGGGACAUCUAUGUGACACAGUCUACAAUGCUGAUGGGCAUUUUUGAAAUGAGGACAAGCAUUCUGAUGCACUUGCUUCAUUACUGCUUUUGAAAAGAGAUCUCCAAUGGGCAAAGAAAACGAAUAGCCCCUGGGACGACAAGGCUGUUCUGCAAACUGGUGCCACGAGGCAGAGAUGAGAAAGAUGACUGAACAGCACAGUUGCUAUAGGCCUGUAAACACACAGGAAAAUAAGAUCAGUUACCAAGGCACUUAUCAAGAAAGCCCAGAAAAGGGGAUGAAAAGAUUGCAGAAGCGGUUUCUCCACAAGGAUGGCAGCUGCAAUGUGUACUUCAAACACAUCUUUGGAGAAUGGGAGAGCUACGUAGUGGACAUAUUUACCACACUGGUGGACAUCAAGUGGCGCCACAUGUUUGUGAUAUUCUCGUUGUCAUAUGUUCUGUCAUGGUUGUUCUUUGGACUGGUCUUCUGGCUGAUAGCAGUCCAACAUGGAGAUUUAUUCAAUGAUGAAGAAAUAACUCCCUGUGUUGCAAAUGUCCAUAGCUUCACAGGGGCAUUCCUGUUCUCCCUUGAAACCCAAACAACCAUCGGGUACGGUUACCGCUGUGUUACAGAAGAGUGCUCUGUCGCAAUCCUCAUGGUUAUCCUGCAGUCAGUAUUAAGCUGCAUUAUUGACACCUUCAUAAUCGGAGCAGCCUUGGCUAAAAUGGCCACAGCUCGAAAAAGAGCUCAAACCAUUCGUUUCAGCUACUAUGCUGUUGUUGGUCUGAGAGAUGAUAAGUUUUGCCUCAUGUGGCGCAUUGGUGAUUUCCGACCAAACCACAUGGUUGAGGGCUCUGUACGAGCUCAGCUCCUGCGCUACAAGGAAGACAAGGAGGGGAGGAUGACAAUGGAAUACAAGGACUUGAAGUUGCUAAAUGACCAGAUCAUACUUGUUACACCAGUGACAGUCGUACAUGAAAUUGAUAGCGAGAGCCCCUUGUAUGGUCUAGAUCGGAAAGCUCUGGCCAAAGACAACUUUGAAAUCUUGGUCACAUUUGUCUACACAGGUGAUUCAACAGGAACUUCACAUCAGUCAAGAAGCUCGUAUGUCCCCCGAGAGAUUCUUUGGGGCCAUAGGUUUAAUGAUGUCUUACACGUAAAGAAAAAAUACUACAAGGUGGAUUGCUUACAGUUUGAGGAAACCACAGAGGUUUAUGCUCCCCACUGCAGUGCCAUGCAGCUGGAUCGGAAAGAGCAAGAAUGGAACCGAAUUGGGAAGACACGAGAAAAAGAAGCAGAGACAUCAGCACUGGAGAUCAAGCCAUUCAGUACCGACCGAAAGUCAUUUAGUGCAGUUGCCCUCAUCACCAGCUGUGAAGAUCCAGAAGACCCAGUGACAACUGUCAGUCAGCCUUCUGGAGAAGUUUCGUAUCAGAAAGCAACUGUGACCUUAAAUAGGCUAUCAAUAGAGUCCCAAAUCUAGCUUUUCAUUGCAAGUAAAAGCACAUCCAACAAAUUCUCCCAUCAUAGCUUUUAGAAUGUAAACAGUGAACUCAUCUGCACAAGUAUUUCGAUUACAAACCUCACUGACAGCGUGCCCAUGUUGUAAUACACUGCUGAGCUGCUAAAAGGAGCUUCGUGCUGGUUGGCGUGGGUAUCAGCAACAGAUUAGCAUUGGCACAAAACAGCUUACAUUUGGGUUGACUAGACAGCUACUGCACUUGAGCAAACUUAGUGUAAACUUUAUUACCCUGCAGGGACCAAUGUUGGAUGUACCCAGAGGCAGAUAAUGAUCUAGGCAGGGAACUAAAACAAUGUAGUGUGCCCUCUAGGUCAGGUUUUCAAAGCUGCCUCGUUUAUUUGGAAAGCAGAUUCCCAGUCCCUCUAUGAGGCUCUGGAACUCCUCACCAUCACAACAUUGCACCUCUCCAGCAGUUCAAACAAAGCCCUCAUCCCAGGGUUACACUGGUGAAUCUAUGGGGGUGUUCUUUGUAGGAGGGAGGGAACUGAACCCAGUAUUACUGGGUAGCUUUGGAGACCUGCUUACACCCUGCCUAGUCCUAUGGGAGCUACAGCGGGAUCCUGCAGAGCUCUUCUCAUUUCCUAUGGUGAGCCAUUCCUAGAAGUGCCUCUCCCUGGGCAGCCUGAGGUAGGUGGUCUGUGAGCUGCCUUGGGGCUGCAUGCACACUUUGCUACCUGCCAAACUCACCCGCAGUGUUCAGAAAGCAAAGCAAAUUGACAUUGGAAUCAGCAGAAUCAGGUUGAGCCUCAGAGCAGGUGCUGGGUUUAGAGUGAGCUGUGCAAUAUUUUAAAUCAAGUCUUUCAUUUGAGAAUGUCAGCCUUUGCUUUCCUCUCUUAGUAUAUUGUGCUUCUUUAAAAGGACAACGAUCAAUCUGGAGACCAAAGAGUGUGAUUGUGUCAGAAGGAAAUACUUUUAUUCACCUGAAAUAACGCUGUUAAAAUGAUCCUUCACAGACAAUUCAACAUAUUCAGCUGUCAUCUCAAUAAGGCAAAAAGGAGAAUGUUAACGUUUGGGAGUUGUCUGUGACACGGAAGGGCCACGCUCUGCACAUCUCUGUGCUUACUCAAUAAGCAGUAUCUCAUCGUGCUUUUUUUCCCCUUGAUGAUUAUGGUUCAUUUGCAUUGUAUGUAAUUACCAUGCUAAUGUAAAAGCAAUUAUCUCUGAAUUCAUGGUUACCUAAACUGGGUUUUAUCUCACCUGACCUCAGCCAUCAAGGAAUCAAGUGUUUGCCUCUGUGCUUACUGGAAUUCUUUUUCUGUCUUCACAGGGGACUUUAUCCCAUUUCACUUUGGCUUUUUAGGGAGCUGAAGGCAACAGGAUGUAUUCAUCCAUCUCCGUUUAUUGUUGAAGGAGAUGAGAUGACUGUUGUGGCAACGCUGCCUAACUUUAGGCUGCUAAAAUUAGGUGUGACGUGUCACUCACAUCAUUCUGACUAAUUAAAAGGUUUUAUGAGCUCAUCACGGUUAAUGAAGAAAAAUAGCAUGCUGAAUCUUUCUCCGCCUGAAAUUUACUCCAUAUAGUAGUGAUGCUGCAUUAUUUUCAUGUAUUUUGCAUUUCUCUUUUGCUAGCACUUGAUAGAAAUGAUACCUUUAGGUAAAACGAAGCCCAUUACCAACCCUGGGGGGAGGUGGUUAUUCUAGAACUCAUUAGUUAGCCAGUUUUAUAUGCUGAAUCAUCAGCACCAUCCAUCUAUAACUACAGCAGAAAACAUCUUUCUGUAUCCUGGAUUUGAGCAUUGGCGAGCAUUGGGGAAAUAGUCUAAGAAAUGGCAAGGAAUAUAGGAAAAUGUAUAAGGGUCUCAGUCCUCACAUGGUGUUGGAAAAGACACCAUCCGGAUUGUAUAAAAUAGAAUAUAACCUUGAAGCCACGUGAAGGAAUCCGUCCACUCUCCUCAUCCAUGAAAGAUCUUGGCUGGGGUACUUUAUUUGAUGUUGGGCACCACGCUUUGGCAAAGACAUGGAACAAUUGGAAGACAAUCCAGAGAUCUAGAAGAUGUGAGUGAGGAAUUGGGGAAAUAACUUCAGGUGUUUGAGUCCAAAAAGGGGUUAGGAAACAAAGAAACAGUUCUCAAACAUAGAAAUUGCUAUUUAAAAGAGAGGGACAGUCGGUUAUUGUAUGUGGUGGGUAGGACAGGGCUUAAACUGAACCCAAAGACAUUGAAGUAAACUGGGAGCCUGCUGGAGAAGAUGCCUUGUAGGAGUGAUACAGGAUCAGCUCUUUCCUUGAAUUUCCCAACCCUGUUUUUCUGUGAUCCUGAUUAUCAGAAAAAGGGAAUGUAUAGCAUGAAAUCUGCUUCACUGCUCACUUCACAUUUAUACAUGUGUGAGUAUGUACUUAGUUAUAGAAUCAUA